AGCAGGAGCAAGACGAAAGCCGCCAUGAAUGUUCAGAGCGCCGCUGUGCGGCAUGGCCGCCGCGCAUUGGCGUCUCCCCUGCCACGAGCCGUUCUGCGACAACUCUCGACCGAAGUCAAGACGGCGACAGCUUCAACCUCGACCUCCAAUGGCCCGGCUCAGGCGUGGCCGGCUCCUCAGGCAGCCGCCGCUCCUCCCAAGAUUGUGUCAUCGGCCAAGAAGAAGCAGAAGAUUGUCGAAGAAGUCAUCAUGACGCUCGGAGCCAACUCUUCGCAGGAGCACCACGGAGCUGCAUGGACCAAGCCGCACCAGAGGGGCAAGCAGACUUUGACCCCCGCUCAGCAGUAUGCCGAAUUCCAGCGGAUUCAGAAGAACACAAGGAGCCUUGGCUCAAAACUCGAGAAGCGCUAUGUCCCCACGGAGAUCAUUAGCAAUCCACCCCGGCCGGAGGACGUUACGCUGGAGCUGUUGAUGGCGUCGCAGACACACAUGGGCCACAACACUUCACUAUGGAAUCCGGCCAACUCUCGAUACAUAUACGGAGUGCGACAGGGAAUUCACAUCAUUUCCCUCGAGACAACUGCGGCGCAUCUUCGACGGGCGGCCCGAGUGGUUGAGGAGGUGGCCUACCGCGGUGGCAUCAUUCUCUUUGUUGGUACCCGCAAGGGCCAGAUGGAGAUUGUCACAAAGGCAUCUGAGCUGGCAGGUGCCUACCAUCUGUUCACAAAGUGGAUUCCCGGCUCUAUAACAAACCGAGACGUCAUCCUUAGGACCCAGGGUAUGAAGGUGGUGGACCACCUGGACAAGGAACUUGAUGGAUUCGACAUGUUCAAGGGCACGGCGAGACCACUGCUGCCAGAUCUGGUAGUUUGCCUCAACCCGCUGGAGAACUAUACGCUGUUGUACGAGUGUGGCUUGAAGAACAUUCCCACGAUUGGAGUCAUUGACACAAACACUGAUCCUUCAUGGGUCACGUAUACGAUCCCGGCAAACGAUGACAGUCUCCGUUCCAUGGCUUUGGUUGCUGGAGUGCUUGGUCGAGCCGGAGAAGCUGGUCAAAAGCGACGACUACAAGACGCCUCUAGCGGCAACAUCUCAUGGAGUACCUCGCCAGAACUCAGCCGCCACAUGAGGAAGGAAGUGCAAGCCGCCGUCCUCAAGAGAAAGGAGGUCAUGGGCCGGAUGCAGGCCAACAUUCAGGGAUUUACGGAUGAGGAGAUGAAGCUGUUGCGGUCCCAAUACCUGGGAGAGCAGCAGGAGGAGGUGACCGAGGAUGACUUGGUCAACAUGAUGGGAGAGACAGUUGCAGCUGAGGCGUCAACAGAGCAGGCAGCGCCCUCCAAGGAGACACUGGGUGUGCGCCUGGGUAGCAUCGAAGCGCAGCUCAAGAGUCUGAAGGAGGAUGCUGCCAAGAUUGAGCAAGCUGUGCGAGGAAGUGUAUAA